AUGAGUCUCGUCUACGUCUUCACGCACUUAGUCGCUGGAAGAACAGCGUACAUCAAGAACUAUGGAUCUCCAACUAAAUACGGCAAAUAUGUUGCCGGCUUUGCCUUUUUGCUGGCUAGGCUGGGUCUUCCCGUUUGGGUGGCAGCAAUCACUUUGUCGAUAUUUGUGGCUGUAAACAUUGGACUGGAUCUUUCCAAGGGGGUUCAAGAAAACCUCCCAUGGCUUAAUGUCAUAAUCAGCAUAUCUUCCUUGUUUUCUCUCGCAGCAGUACUUGCAGUUAUUGAGAUGGCAGAUCGUCCAUUCGCGACUCUAGGCAUUUCUCAAGCUUGGUUCAUUCGAGGCGAGGAUCCACUAGCGUGUCCUGAUGAUGACGACGACCUUGAGCCGGGAGUUGUCUAUAUGACGCCGAGCCUCCAGGCGAAUAUAGAGAAGCACGCCGAAAAGCCCCGUGUGUCAAGCAAACCCGAGAAGCGAAAACGCAAGACUCUGACGAAAAGGAAUCCUCACGAGCCUCAGCGAAGAGCUUUGUAA